AUGCCGACGGACGAGGAGCUGCUGCAACAGAACCCUGACGCACGUGGGCUGAUCGAGGCGGGUGUCCCGCGGGAGGAGGUCCUCGCUGGCCUGCGUCAGGCGGCGGAGGAGGCUGCCGCCAAUCCGACGCCGCCGCCUCUCAGCCGCAAGGUGUCUGAAGGGCCUUUGCCGCCCGGCUGGGAGGAGAGGUUCGACCCGUCCACGGGGCGUCGGUACUACGUCGACUAUGCAACCAAAACAACCUCCUGGGUCCGCCCCCAGCCCACCGGGCCCAUGUCGCCUCGAGACCACCUCAAGUCCGCCGGCUUCCGGGAGUACCCAGCUGCCACCACGCAGCCGACGGCAGCUGGACUGCCAGAGUCCUCGUCGUUUCCGCAAGGGGGUGAGAUGGACCCCGAAAUGGCGGCGGCGAUGAAGAUUGCCGAGGCGGCCGAUGCCGCGGAGGCUGCCGAGGCAAAGGCAAAGGAGAAGGAGAAGGCCUCCGCCGCGGCGUUUGAAGCCAGGAUGGCGGCGCGUGAGGCAGCCGAGGCCAAGACGACUGCGCUCGGCAAGAAGAACAAGGGCGCGCUGCAUAAGCUGAAGAAGGAGGUCGGCAAGGCUCUCGCCGCGCCGCCACCGGGCGCCCUAGGCCCCGUCGCGUACCAGCGGAGCACGUCAAACAUCCCAAGCCGCGCGCGCCAGAACUCCACCUCGGGCAAGCUCGAGGAGAUCGACGGGAUCCUCGCGGCGCUGCGCUCCGAGUCGACCCCGUUCGACCUACGCGAGAAAGGGGCCGCCGAGCUCCGCAAGAUGUGCAGCCGCGCCACCUCCGCCGAGAUCCCCCUCGUCCUCCUCGACGAGCUGGGCGAGGCGUCAAAGCCGGCAUUGCAGCGCACCCUCUGCGAGGCCAUCGCGUGCGCUGUCGAGAGCCACCACAAGGCACUGCUCGAGUCGGGCGCGGCCCUCUUCAUCACGCCGCUGCUGUCGUCGACCGACCCACGCGUCCAGCGCGGCGCGCUCGGCCUCCUCCAGAUCCUCUGCCGAAGCAACGAAGCGUGCACCAACCAACUCGUCGACGUCGGCGCGGCGCCGGCUCUGCUCGGCUUGCUCUCUUCGGCGUCGGAGCUCACGGAGUCGCGCACGGUGGCGCUCCAGCUGGUCGCAACGAUCAUGGAGCAGCCCGACGGCGCUCGCGCCAUGCUCGCGAGUGGCGUUGCCGAGCCGCUCUGCACCACACUCAUCCACGCCUCCGGGCUCGCACCCUGCUCGCCAAGGGCUGGGGCGGAGGCUCGGCCUCGGAGGCGGAGAUGGGAGUCGAGCAGGCGCGCGCUCGGCGGUGGGGCGAAAGGGUGGGUCUCGCUGUCGACUGCCUCUGCGCCGUCAACUCGGCCGACCCGGCGGCCGUCCAGCAAGCGGUGCGAAACACCUCGGCGAUGCCCUCCAUCGUCGCGCUCAUGGGGUCGGAGAACGAGAAUGCGCGUGCGGGCGCCAUGA